AUGACGACCAAAUCGUAUAGUAAGCACAAGGAGUUCAAGGAGUACUCCUCGUCCAGCGGCAACAUACCUUACACGGAUGAACAGUUUGACAUGAUUAAAUCGGAGCUGAUACCAAAAGGCAGCAAGUUGGACUCUCUGGGACGUGGAGGAGGGACUCGGGAGUACCACUAUGAAUACAAAGAGGAGAAACAUCCCACCGGAAAGUACGACAGGAAGGAUCUACAUACGGUCGAGGAGUACACAAUUCCUCCGAGGGGAGUGCCAAAGUCUUCGGAGUCCAACUCGUAUUACUACGAGAGGGAGGAGAGGGAGCUGCCUGCCAUCAGCUCAGGCACUCGCACUUACAACUACGAGUCGUCCAUCAGUUCCACUCCAGGGUACUCCAAGGUGAAGAGUUCGAAGGUCACCAAAGACCUGUCUCAGAACGUGGAGGAGCUGGACUCACUCCUGGAUGACUUGCAGAAGGACCAGGAAAGGCAGCUGUACAAAAGUAAGACUCAGGAUGGCUACACAUCGGAUACAGCUGAGAGCACGUCAUUUGACUACAGACGGGGCACUCCAGCCAAGGCUCCAUCAAGCGGGUACUCGACGCUGAAGCGAGAGGAACGGGUCGAGACCUCCUCGUGGGGAUCCAGCCCUCCCCCUCCUCCAACUGUCACUCGGGCUGCUGAGGUCCGGCAGGAGGUCUAUAGGGAGGAGAAAACUGAGUCCCGCGUGGUGCCGUCCGCGGUGUCCCCCGCGCUCCCCCAGCCGGUGCCGGCCCCCGUCUGCACCCACUGCCACCACGCGCCCUCUACCGGAACUCUCCCUCGCGGCGGGACCCCCAUGAACAAGGUGACUACGACGGUGAAGACCUACACAUACGAGGUCCCCGCCGACCAGGACCCCACCACCGUGCCCAUACCCGUGCACGCUGAACAUCAACACACCUACGUCUCCUCAGAACAUAAUAGGACCACCAGUCAGGCGAGCUCCCCGCCGCCCCCCGCGGCGCUAGUGUCGCCGGCGGGCCCCGGCGGCUGCCAGUACUGCUCGCACUGCAACUCCACCAUCAGGGAGUACCGGACUGUCACCACCACCGACGAUCGCACCAAUGAACGCAUGGUGUAUCCUGCACCCGUCAACGAGACCAAGGUGUUACCAUCCGAACCGCAUAAUGGACAUGGCCCAUACGGUCCAUCAUCGUAUAAGUUCUCGGAGACGACAUAUUCCACCCACAACACGAGCCACCGCUACCCCUCCCCGUCCCCGCUCCCCCACGGCCCCACCCACACACUGCACCCCGCCAACUCCCCCUCCCCUGGCCCCUUCCCCCGCCCCAGCACCCCCUCGCCUGGCACUCAGCAACCACCGAAGAAGUUAGAUGAUCUGCUUGCUGACUUCCCAGAAGCUCGCUUCCCAACGCAGCCAGACGGCGUUGUUCGUCGCAACGUGCACGUCACCCACGAGAGCUCGACGCAGAGCUCCACAUUGAACAGAGACACCAGAGACACGCGGGACUCCGCCCCCAGUCCGCCAGCGAAGUCCCCGGUCGUUGCAAACAGCCGCAACGUGGCUGGUCCUGCAGUGUACUACCCGCCUGGACACACUCCCUUCCAGAAGAAGGAGGGAGGCGGUGGUGGUGGUGGUGGCUACCAAGCCAGCAGUGCGAUGGCACAAGGAGGUGGGAGCUAUGCGUCAGCCCGGGGCAUGUACGAGUACGAAUCUGGCUCUCGAAGCAAAUCGAAGCAUUCUGAGACGAAGACAGCCGUUCCAAUCUGCCUACCUCUAUGCUGUGCCAUGCCAUGCGUGAUCAUGUAA